GAGGAAGCGUCCUCCGUGCAUGAGGGCCGGCGGCCAUUUUGUUGGAGACCAGAGGAGGAGAAAGCAGGGGAGAUCAGCUUUAAAACAAAACAAAACUUCCAGUAGCGAUGUGAGGUUGGAGAAACGUGUCCCCAACGAGAAGGAGAUAUACAGAGGAGUGGGAGUAUUCAGAAGAACACAAGGAUCUGUUAGAGGAUGGAGAAGCGGCCGCCCCUCACAUCACCGGAUGGAUCCAGUAAUGGGAGCCCACCAGAGAGAUGUCCCCGUCCUACGUAUUCCAUUGAUGGACUGUUUGUUGUCAAAGUGGAAGCUGAAGAAGAUCUGGAUGAAGGAGGUGAUGAACCGUGCGAGGAGGAUGAAAUCCCACCAGAGAUCGGCACAAACCCCGGAGACACCAGAGACCCUCAGACAGAGGCCAAAGCUGGGAAGGAGGAAGAAGGACGUGUGAGGAUUAAAGAGGAGGAAGAUCCUAUAGAGAUCAGCACAGGGGCUCCAAGUCAUGAACAUUCAGUAGAGGGAAGUGUCAGUCCUUUAUAUUUCUCGGAUUCUGAAGGCGAAGACUAUAAAAGCUCACAAGAUGACCAAGAUGACAAUAUUGUUAAAGUUGAAGUUAAAGAGGAAGCAGAAGAGUCGUAUACGAUGGGUGAUGAUGAUGAAAUCCGUCCAGGGAUCAGCACAGCAGAUCCUUUGGGUGGAGCAUUUUCCUGUUCGGAGUGCGGAGAACGUUUUUUGCAGAGAGCUAAACUCAUCACCCACCAGAGGACUCACGACAGCGAGAAGCCAUAUUCAUGCUCUGAGUGCGGGAAACUGUUUUCUCUGAAACAGCAGCUGACGAGACACCAGAAAACUCACUUGAAAAAGCAGCCAUUUGUAUGCCAGGAAUGUGGGAAAUCUUUUACUGAAAAAUGGAUACUGACCCAACAUCAGAGCAUUCACACGGGGGAGAAGCCGUACUCGUGUACAGAGUGUGGAAAAUGUUUCUCUUUUAGUUCAUCUCUUAUUAAGCACAAGAGAGUUCACACUGGGGAGAAGCCAUUUUCGUGUCUAGAGUGCGGGAGAAGCUUUUCCCACAAGCAGCAUCUUAUUGGACAUCAGAUGACCCACACGGGAGAGAAGCCGUAUUCAUGUCCCGAGUGCGGGAAGUGUUUUUCCAAUAGGCAAAACCUUUUGGGACAUCAGAUGACUCACACAGGGGAGAAGCCGUUCUCUUGUUCAGAGUGCGGGAAAAGUUUUUCCCAUAAGUCGGCUCUCACCACUCACGAAAAAGUUCACACCGGGGCAAAGCCGUAUUCCUGUUCUGAAUGCGGCAAAUGUUUUGCUUUUAAUUCCUCUCUUUUUAAGCACAAGAAAAUUCACACUGGGGAGAAGCCAUUUUCCUGUUCCGAUUGCGCCAGGCGGUUUUCUCACAGGCCAAACCUCAUUGCGCAUCAGAUGAUCCACGCGGCCGAAAAGCCAUAUUCCUGUUCGGAAUGCGGGAAGCGUUUUUCCCAUAAAUCAACGCUAACCAGUCAUGAAAAUGUUCACAAGGGGGUCAAGCAUUAUUCGUGUUUAGAGUGUGGGAGGUGUUUUUCACACAAGUCAUCCCUUGAUGCGCACGAAAAGGUUCACUCAGGGGAGAAGCCGUAUUCGUGCGCGGAAUGCGGUAAAAGUUUUUCCCUUAAGUCAACCCUUUUGACACAUAAGAAAGUUCACACGGGGGAGAAGCCGUAUUCAUGUGCGGAGUGCGGGAGAUGUUUUUCCAUUAAAUCAAAUCUUAUCAGACACGAGAAAGUCCAUACAGGAGAUAAGACAUAUGUAUGUUCGGAGUGUGGGAAAGGGUUCUCAAAAAAGUCCUCCUUUUACACCCAUCUUGGGUCCCAUAAGAAAUAAGAGAUUCCUGUACAUAGAAAACAAAGGGCCAGAUUCACAAAUGAGAUACGACGGCGUUUCUCCAGAUACGCCGUCGUAUCUCUGUUUCUAUCAA